AAAGCCAAGCCAAUUCGGGAGUCUAAGAUUGGCAUGAAGAAGCCACGGGAAAAACUGGGAGAACGCAUGGGCGCGCGGAGACUGGGGGCAAAAGUCGAGAAAAAGCCUCUUGAAAGCAUUAGUUCCGACAGUUUUAAGAAGUCUGAAGAUAAAAUGUGGAAUAAAGAAGAGAGCCAGACUGACAGUGCAGAAGCUAAGCAAAGAGAGGAGGAGAGGCAAAAAGAAGAGAAAUGGAGGAAGCAGCAACAGUGGGAAGAGCAGCAGAAGAGAUGGCAACAAAUCAAUGAAGGAGAAGAUAAAAAAGAGGAAGAAGACACAAGCUGGGGAGGUGGAUGGGGCGGCUGGGGAACGAGUCUUCUCACCGCUGCGUCCACUUUCACCCGUGAAGUUGGCCGGGGGGUUGGCACUGUCAUGGAGACAGUGGAAGGAACGUUAGGAGUGCCUGACCCUGAGACUCUGGCCAGGGAAAUAGCCGAGCGCGAUAAAGAGAUAAAAGAAAAGUUAGCAAAGUCAGAGCAAAGUGCUUCAAGAGAGAAAACUCCAGAAGGCAAUACUGAAGCUGAGGAACUAGAGUCAGAGACAGGUUAUACUCCCAGCAAUGGUAGUGCUCCCACCAACCAGAAUGAAGGCAGUGUUGGCUAUGUCCCGAGUUAUGGUCUUGGUGGACUGUCAUCACUAGGCUCUCUCGUGUCAGGUGUCUCAGGAGCUUUAGAGACUGCCAGCUCUAAGGUUCUGAUGGGAGGCCUUGACACCCUAGAAGUGAUUGGAAGGAAAGCCAUGACAGUUAUCCAAGAAGGUGACCCCGGGCUGAGGAAGAAGAGGGCUUUCCUCACUAGCAGCAAGCCAAAUCUAUCAAUGAUACUUCAAGACGCACGUCAGAGGGCAGCUCAGGAAGAGUCUGAUCAGCGUGAUGGCAUCCAGAACAAAGAAUCAGGGCUUUUCCAAAGACCAAACUUCGACCAAGCUUGGGAAAAUACGGAAGGCCCCGUCCAUGUUGAGGCACUCUCACUUGUGGCAAAGCAGUGUGAAUCGAAGAUGAAUACAUUGUUACAGAGUAUGCCACCAUAUUUGGUCGACAGAAUUCAAAAUUCCAACUUGACUAUCAAAAAAACAUGUGAGAUGGAUGAAGAAAGUCAGCUGGAGGGAGACUUUGCAACACAAGUGACUAAAAUUGUUUCCCAAAUUAGAUUGCCUCUGCACUCACAAAAGAUCAGAGAGGCUUGGGCAGGUGUAGAGGAGACGGCUUCAUUAAUUGAGGAAAAAAAGAAUCUGGAUUGGACUGCUGUGGAAAAAGAAGUGUACUUAUCUUUAGCAUUGUUAAUAGCACAGUUGGCAGCUUUAACUCACAAGGGCUCUGAGUUGGCCCUUAUUACUCCAGGGUCAGAUCCCCAUGCUAUUGCAAACAGCUUUAGAGAGUUGAGCUGUUUGGUCUGUGCUGGCAUGGAGAACACAGUGGAUAAUAUAUGUGGCGUCAUCACAGCAAAAGCUUCUGCUGCUGAUCCAGAUGUGAAUAAUACUAUCACAAAUAUGUAUUUACAGGGAGCCAGUGGGAAUAGUUGUGUUCAAGAAGGCAUGAUGUUCCUGUCAUCUGUCCUUCAGUAUGCCAACACCAAGCUUCUGGCUGCUGACCUAUAAAGAAAGUUAUUCUUGUUAAGUUAUACUAGUCUCCAUUCAGAAUCUGUGAAGCAUAUGCACAACUUGUUGCUCUAGUUUAUAAAUCUGUUUAUGAUUUAUGAAUGAUAAUCAGAUUAAGAUGCAUUGUCAAGAAGGAUUGAGGAUUGUGGAUACAGAAUAAUGCUUCUUUGAGAAGAAAAGUUGUAAUAUUUAUUUUUGGAAAUUUUAUAUCAUGCCCAUCAUUUGGCUUCUAGUCGCAAAAGAUUUUUUAAAAAGAGAAAACUGAAAUAUAAAUAAUAAUGACAGAACAAUGCUCUGGCAACAAAGCAGAAGCAUCAGUAUGUAAGAGUCUCAUUGAAUCAGUUUGGAUGUACAUGCUGAUGGUGAAUUGAGAACAUUGUCAGAGCUACUGUAUCUUGUGUUAAUAGUAGCAUAAUGCUGUGUGUGUUGUGAUGGAUGUAAACAUUCAGGCAUCAUUUUAUUAUUUUUCAAACUUUUAAAAACUUAUUUUAUUAAUCCUAUUUGCCUCUUAUAUAUUUACCUGUUGAUGUUGGGAGGGCAUAUAUACCCUGUCCAGUGUAAUAUUAGUUUAUUAAUUUGUAUACAUAUAGAGGGCUCCACAAGUACAGAGUCCUGAAGGGAUCCAAUACUAGGCCAACGUGGUGUCUUACGUUUAUUCCUUGAAUUUUUUGGAAAGAUUUUUUUAUAUAUAUUUUUAUUAGGAUUAGUUUUGUUAACAUUAUAAUGAAAAUUAUGUCAAGGAUAAUAAGAGUGAUUUUGAUCAUGGUAAUACUACUGUUAGAAUGAUUUUUUUUUUCCUGAAAAUUCAAGGAAUAGGGCAAUCAGGUAAGAUCAGGCAGGCCUAGGAAAUGGCUCGGUGGGAAACAAGUGCUUCCGAAGCCUUCCAUGUGUAGACAGCAUUGACAGAACAGGACUACAUUGGACAGUUCAUGUACCCGGUGCCAAUAGGUUAAACUCAUUACUUUAGUGACGUUUUAAUGGGAUGCUUUGUAUAUUAAUUAGCCCUAGUGGAAUUGCAUUUCUCUUAUACUAUUUUAAUGUUAACAAAAGUACAGGAAUUUUUUUCAAAACUGUAAAAAUAUGUGUGUUGUUUGUCACAGAACAGAAUUUAUAUUCUUUUUGUCAGUAGAAGGUAGCAGUUACUACUACAACACUAAUGAGAUUACUUAUUUUAAGAUUAGGAUAUUGUAUAUGGCAUUUUUGUAAAAGUUUUUAAUGUACAGCUUUUUACUUGAAGAAAUGGAAAGUAAUAAUAAUGUGCCUAAAACCAUCAGAUAGUAUUAAAACUGUACUGGGAUGCAGUUGCGUAAUCAUAACAGUAAAAGUCAGUAUGAAUUUUUCAGCAUUGGAAGCUUUAACUUAAAAAAAAUAUAUGGGAUUCAUUUUAAUAUUAGCCUUACUUAUGCUCUAUGACACCUUUAUGUGUGCAGUGUCAGUGCAUACUCAGCCUUCACCUUGGGUGAGUCAUAGCACUGCUUUAGCACUCCAGAAACUAUAAUAUAUUUUACUUAAUUUUAUGAAUACAAUCCAGUGUUCUUGAAGUUUUGAAAAUGUUUAUUUUUUAUUAAAGGAUUUGCAGAAC